GCACUAUUAUUUGAGUUUUAGCUUUUACAGGUUAGUUCGAAAAAAGCUAACUCAGUCUCGAAGAUUACCUAUAGUUAACAGCAGUUAAUCCACCAACCAGUCAAAUUAGAUCAGUAAUUCACUAUAAAUAUCACUAUUAAUAUGAGUGGAAGUGGAAGUGCAUACAAGUACUUGACCAAAGAAGUCAUUGAACAAUUUGGUGGGUCAGGUACAGAAAUUUUACUUGAAAUAUUAGAAUCAGUUGAAGAAUCAAAUCCCGAUAGUGAAAUAUUAGUAGUUCAAUUAUUUACAGAAUUAUUACUUGUAUUAGAUGAAGAUGGAAUUGAAUUAAAUGCUCUUGUAACCUUUUUAUUUUCUGCCAUAAGAAAUGAUAUGAUAGCUCGAGUAUUUUGUCAAGUAAUUAAUGUAUUCCCAGUUUCAGAACAUAUUAAAAAUUUAUUACAAUUAAUUACUAGAAAGGAAAAUGUUAUAAAACCUGAAACUAUUGCAAUGUAUAUUGGACAAGAUAAUCUUGGAGAUCUGGAAAUUGUUCCUAAAGUUUCAUUAAUUAAAAGUAUUGGUAGUAAAGCUCGAGAUCAAUUAUAUUCUCAAAAGAAGUAUAAUUUAUUACAUGAAGAACUCGAAGGAUUUUCUAAAUUUAUUACAGAAAUUUAUUUUAUUUUAAAAGCUGAUGAUACAGAAUUUCAAGUAGAUUAUGCUAUUCAAGUAAUUGAAAAAUUAAUUGGUCAUUAUAGUUUAGAUCCUAAUCGAUGUCUUGAUCUUUUAUUUGAAAUUCUUGAAAGUCAUAUUGUUUCUAAACAUAUAUUUUGUAUACAAUUAUUAAAGAAAUCAAGAUGGUGGCCAAUUGAACCAAGUGAUAAUUCAUCACUUGAAUCAUUAUCUAAUGGAGGUAAUGAAACUGCAGCUAAAGCAUUAGGUUUAAGAUUAGUAAAAUGUCCUCGAGAUCGGGAUUUACCUGAAACUUUUAAACUUAUGGUGGCUAUAUUUAUAAAGGAAGGAUUUAUAAGUUUUGGAUCUUUAUUUAAAUAUUUUAGUCCUAAUGAUGAAGAAAUGAAUAAAUUAGAAAAUGAUUAUAAACAAAUAUUAGAUGAUGAAGUUAAUAAAGCCGGAGCUAAUGCACUUGCACUUGCAGCUCCAUUACUUGAUGAUGAAGAUGAAUUAAGUAAACCUAAGGAAAAAUCUCAUGAUUCAACUAAAAUUAUUAAAGAUCCAAAGGAAGCUUAUGAAGAAAGUUUACAUACAAAUAUGAAAUAUCAAUUUUUAAGAUCAUUUCUUUCUACAGGACUUUAUUAUCCAAGUAUAUUUUUAUUAACUAAAUAUCCAUUUUUAGCUUAUGCUGAUAAUGAAAUUAUUCAAUUAUUAAAUCGAGUACUGUCCCAAAUUAUAUCUUCAUUUUAUAAUGAAAAAGUUGAAACUUUUACUCAUGAAGAAUUUCAACAAUUAGGUACAUCUAAAAGAAUUGCAUUUUCAAGACCACAAAAUUCUGUAGCAUAUGAAGAAUUUCCUUGUACAGAAUUAUUAAGUUUUAAAGCAACUAUAAUAAGUUUUGGACAAAAGAAAUUCCGAUUCUUUUAUGAUACAUGGACUGAAGGUUUACCUAAUUUACAAACAAUUGAUGAUUUAUUUAAAGUAUCUCGAGAAUUUUUUAAAUUCAUUGGAGUUAAUAUUUCCAAAGAUUUAUCAUUAUUUGUUAGAUUAUGUGAAAUAAUUUCUCAAGAUUUAACUAAUAAUUGUAAUGGUAAUGAGAAUGAAGAAAGGAAAUUAGCGUGGUUUAAUUAUUUUAGAAAUUAUAUAUUACCAGCCAUGACAAUUAUUGAAGAAGAUUCUAUUGCAAUAGAUAAAGCUUAUCAAAUAUUAACGUUUUAUUCAUUAGAAGAUAGAUUUAGUAUAUAUGGAGAACUUCAUCAAGUACUUGCUAAGAAUAAUCCUUAUGUUAAAAUGGCUUAUAGUAAAGCAGAAAAAUCUACUAAAAGUAUAUUAAAGAGACUUUCAAAAGAAAAUGUUAGACCAAUGAUGAGAAGAUUAGCUAAAGUAAGUUUUUCUAAUCCAUUACCAUGUUUUUUAACUAUAUUACAACAAAUUGAAAGUUAUGAUAAUUUAAAUAAUUUAGUGGUUGAAACAGCCAGAUAUUUUAGUAGUUAUGGUUGGGAUAAUUUAACUACUGCUAUAUUAAUGAGAUUAACAUCUCCUGGUAGAACAGGAACUCAAGAUAAUGGAAUGUUAGAUCGUCAAUGGUUACAAUCUUUAGCAUCAUUUAUUGGGAAAAUAUGUCAAAGAUAUCCUCGAGCAAUAGAUAUAAAGACUUUAUUACAAUAUUUAUUAAAAUCUUUUCAUGGAGAAGAUAAUAUUGGAUUAAUUGUAUUAAAGGAAAUCUUUAUAUCUAUGGGAGGAGUUCAAACUAUAACUAAUUUAACUUUACAACAAAUUGAUAUGAUAAAUUGUGAGAAAUCACUUGAAAAAUUAGUGUAUAGAACUAUUGAUGAUGCACGAUUUGAAAGAUAUAAAUCAGGAGAAUUUUUAAUUAAGACUCUAUUAGAAAUAGAUGGACUUAAUGAAUUACUUGUAUUAUUAUGUCAAUAUCAAAAUCAAUUAAUUACAAUUGCUAAUGCAAAUGAAUUCCCUCUAAAAGUUUUAUCUAGUAGAAUAGAUGAUAUUACUGCUGUAAUUAGAUUAUUUCUUACAGUAACUAAUUUCUUUGGUAAUUUAAAUCAAGUUAAUAAUGUUUAUUUACCUAUUUCUGAUUUAGUUACUAAAUAUGGAGUAUCUACUGAAUGGGCAUUUGAAUUAUGGAGACCAUAUCUUAAUAAAGAUAUAGAAGAAGAAGAAGAAAACUUAACAGAAAACUUAUCAGAAAGCAUUGUAAGUAUUAUUCCAAAUAAUAUCUUAACAGAUUUACCUCCAACACUUGUUAUGACAUUUUGGAGAUUAUCGUUAAAGGAUAUUAAUUAUUCUAAACAAUUAUAUGAUACUGAAACAAUUAAAUUACAAUCAAAUGCUAGAAGUCUUAAGGAUUGGAUUAAUAUUAAUCUUAGAGAUAAAGAUGUAUCAUUAUCAGCCAUUGAUAAAGCCAAACAAGAUUUAUAUCAAAAUGAACAAUUCUUAAAGACUUUACCUGAAGAAAGUAUUCAACAUGAAAUUCAAAAUAAGAAAGUUGAUGAUUCAUUAGUUAAACUUUCUUUAGGAUGGUUUUCUUCAGAUGAUAAUGAUAAAGACAGACUUACUGAACAAUCAACAGCUUUCUUGCAAGCUUGUAUAUUACCUCGAUCUAUUCAUUCAUCAUUUGAUGCAGUGUUUGCUUCGAGAUUCUUAUUUAAACUUCAUGAAUUAUCUCCUAAUAAAUUCUCUCUAUUAACUAUAUUUGAUCAUUUAAUUAAUAGUAAGAUCUUAUUUGGAACUUUAUUCACAUUAACUCCAUCAGAAGCAGAAAAUUUAGGAUUAUUCUUUGCCGAUAUCUUAUAUCGAUUACAUAGUUGGACUAAACAAGAUAUAUUUGAAAAGGAAGCUACUAAUCUUAUAAGUCAAGAAGGUAUAAUUGUAAAUUAUGAUGAAUUUAGAAAAAUCUUAUUAAACUAUCAUGAAACUAUUUUAAAUGAUAUUGCUCAAGCAUUAGAUGUUUUGGAAUAUAUGUGUCGUAGAAAUGCCAUUACAUUUUUAAAGAAUCUUUUAGGAAUAUAUCCUAAUGUUGAAGAUCAUUGUGAAAGAGUCGUUGAAUUAAUUCAAAAAGUGAUUUCUGAAGAAGAUAGAGAAGAUUUAAAACUUUCUUCAAGUGCCUUAAUUGGUCAUGUAAAAUCCCGAUCUAAAGAAUGGGUACAUAUUUGGGAUUUUAUACCUAUGGAAGAAGAAGAGAAGCAGAAAUUGAUUGAAGAAAGAAAUCAAAAGGAACAAGCUAUUUUAGAAGCUAAGAAGAAACUUGAAGAAGAACGAAUUAGAAAAGAACUUGAAAGGAAGGCUCAACAAGUGGCCAAGGCUAAAGAAGAAGAAGAGAAGAAACGGUUGGCAACUCAACUUAAUUAUGAUUCUCAAAAGCCAGUAUCUAGACCAGAUUCAAGAGGUACCAGUACUCAAAGAGGUCGAUAUGAUAAUUAUGCCAAUACUAGAUCAGAUAAUAGUGUACCUCCUCAUUCAGAUGAUAAGAAAUCUCUGAUAACUAAGGAAGAUCAAAAGAAAUCAUCUAUUCCUAUUAGUGUAGCUAAAUUUGAUGAUGAAAAGAAUGGAGAUAAAAAGGAAGAAGUAAUUAAAGUUGAAAAAGUUAAAGAAGUAAAGGAUUCAGAACCUCCAAAGAGUAGUAGUAGUCAAGAAGGAAUCUUAACCCCUCAAGGUAGUCAAACCAGUAGAAGUUCUACACCAGAUAAAUUAAAGGACAAAUUGGCUCAAGCUAAGAAGGAAUUAGAAGCUAGUCGUAGUAGUACUUUAUCUAAAGAAGAUGUAGUAGAUCGUAAUGUUCCUAUCAAAAGAACUCCAUUACCUCCUCAACAUGAGAUCAGAGCUAAUGAUUAUAAAUCUCUGUCAAGACAACCAGGACAGAGUCAAGAUCCAAGGGGUCAGAAUAGAGGCUAUGGCCAAUACAAUAAAGAUAAUUAUACCAGGAACGCCCCUAGUGGACCAGGCAAUAGUAAUAGAAACAACAAUAACAACAGCAACAACAACAACAAUGGUAGUAAUAAUAACAAUACUACUACUAAUAAUCGAGCAAAUAGAAGUGCAAAUGAACCAGACUCUUCAUUACCAGUUCCACCACCUCCACCACCACCUCUAGCAAGUGGUAGAAAUGAUGGAUACAAUAGAAAUCAAAGAUUUAAUGGAAGAAACGAUAGAAAUUCAUCCAAUAAUAGACGAUUCGAAGGUAAUAAGAGAGAUGGAGGAAAUUAUCAUGAUCGAGGUUAUGAUAAAAAAACAAGAUAUUAAAGUGUAUAUUAGUUAAUAAUCAAUACAAUAUCAUGUAUAAAAUAAUACAUAUAAUUAAUUAAUUAAU